AUGUACAUCACCCUCUACUACAUAGUCACUCGGCUCCCUGACUCCCUUCGCGUAGUCAGGGACCACUUCCUCUCAGUUUGCCCCACCACUCUCACCGUUGACCUCCUCGAGAAGGCCCUCCUAGCAGCAGAGAAGAGCAUAGUAGCUGUAGGAGCCUCUCGUGUGCGGCGUCUACCCCUAGCGGGAGACGCCGCCCUGGCAAGGGCAAGGGGGGCCGGGGCGCUGGAGGAUCUUGCGGGGGCGGUGGAGGCGGCGGUGGAGGCGGCGGAGGGGGUGGGAGUGGCGGUGGGGGUGGUGGCGGGGGUGGAGGUGUCGGUGGCAGCAGUGGAGGCGGAGGCGGCGGCGAUGGGGGCGGUGGGAGCAGAGGUGGCGGAGGUGGCGGCGGUGGAGGAGGCGGUGGCGGAGGAGGUGGAGCUGGUCGGGGUGGCGCUGCGCAGAGGGUCGGCUCCGGUGGUGGUCAGCGCCAGCAGCAGCAGCAGCGCACUCGUGACAUCCCCCCCCCCUCAGCAGCUCCGUGAGUGGGCGGGAGUAGCUGUCUUUGACCUUGACUUUGAUGCUAUUCUUGCUGCCAUGUAUGCUGUGACUAUUAGUGAUGCGGGUGACUGUUACCGGUGUUUUCCGCCCGACCCACGCAUUGAGACUGCUGCUCUAGGUACUGGUGAGGCUGCUGCUCUAGGUGCUAGCAAGGCUGCUGCUCUAGGUGCUUGUGCGUCUGCUCCCUCAGGUGCUGGUGAGUCUGCUCUCUCAGGUACUGCGUCGGCUUUGGCCUCCCACACCUUCACCCUUGACUCGGGGGCUUCUCGCUCCUUCUUUCGAGACCGCACCAUACUCACGCCGCUUGGCCGGCCAGUUGCAGUCUCUCUGGCAGACCCCUCUGGGGGUCCUGUCCUUGCUCACUUCUCCAUUGUCCUCCCGUCUCCGGCGGCCCCCUCUGGCACCUCUGUAGCUGCGUCGGGUCAGGUGUUUGUUGCAGCGUCCAGGUCUGGUCUUGAGUCUGCCCCCUGCUCGUGUCGCCUCCUGUCUCACGAGACUCUCCUCUGGCACCACCGUCUUGGUCACCCCUCCCUGCUUCAUCUCCGAGGCAUGGCCUCUCGUGUCCUUGUCUCUGGUCUUCCCCGGUCCCUCCCUCCCCUUCCUCCGGGGCCUGGCCCUACCUGCGUCCCCUGUGUCGAGGGGCGGCAGCGGGCUGCCCCUCACUCCUCCGAGUUUCCUCCGACAGAGGCCCCGCUGCAGACGCUUCACAUGGACGUGUGGGGCCCGGCCCGCGUCCGUGGACAGGGUCACGAGCACUACUUCCAGUUGGUGGUUGACGACUAUUCGCGUUACACCACAGUCUUCCCCUUGUGCAGCAAGGGUGAUGUCACUGAGACCUUCACGCUUCCGGACUCUCCACAGCAAAAUGGGAUUGCUGAGCGCCGCAUUGGCAUGGUCAUGGACAUCGCUCGUACGUCCAUGAUGCAUGCGGCUGCCCCCCAUUUUCUGUGGCCGUUUGCGGUUUGGUUGGCGAUGUGUCUGCGUUCCGUGUCUAGGGGAUCUCGGGCGUUUGUCCGUGACUUGUCUGCGGACAAGCUGUCCCCUCGUGCUGCUCCUUGCGUCUUCCUUGGCUUCCCCGCUGACGCGCCAGGGCGGCAGUUUUACCACCCCACCUCUCGCCGUGUUCUGUCCUCCCAGGACGUCACGUUUGACGAGUCGGUCCCCUACUACCGCCUCUUCCCCUACCGCACUCCGUCCCUCCCCCCGCCACCGCUCUUCCUUGUGCCAGUCGAGCCUGUCGAGGUUACUGGUGACUCUGGUGCUGCUGAGGGUGCUAAGCCUGGGGGUGCUGACUCUGGGGGUGCUGAGCGUGUGGGUGCUACGCCUGGGGGUGCUGAGCCUGAGGGUGCUACUACUGGGGGUGCUGAGCUUGGGGGUGCUGAGCCUGGGGGUGCUACCACUGGGGGUGCUGAGCCUGGGGGUACUGAGCCUGGGGGUGCUGAGCCUGGGGGUACUGAGCCUGGGGGUGCUACGCCUGGGGGUGCUGAGCCUUGGGGUGCUACGCCUGGAGGUGCUGAGCCUGGGGGUGCGGAGCCUGAAGGAGCUGGGCCUGCUCGUAUGGCGUCUGGUGGUGCUGGGCCUAGAGGUUCUCCGGGUGCUUCGUCUCGGCGGGAGCCACUCUCUCCACAGGAGCUGCGCGAGUGGUUUGCCCGGCGCUGGAGGCGUGCUGCUGGAGCUGGAGGUUCUUCGACUGCUGAGGGUGCUGGUGCCGCGGGUCCCGGAGGCGGUCCUGCUGGGGGUGCUACUGGUGCUGCUGGAGGUACUGGAGCUGGAGGUGCUGCUGGCGCUAGUGCUGCCGCUGGGGGUACUGGUGCUGUCCCUGCUGUGUCUGGAGUCGCCGCGCGGCCUUGGCCGUACUUCGUUCCGCUCCUUCAGCAGGUUCUUGGUCUCCCGCCUUCUACUGGUCCUCCUCCUCCCUUAGAGUGUCCACAGCUUGUCCCGUCACAAUUACACGUCGUGAGCCUGCGUCUCGCCCUGUGUCGCCUGUCCGUCCUGCUUCGCACUAGUGGUCGUGGUUCGCGUCAGCGUCCUCCUCCUGUCCCUGGCACGCACCGGAUGUCUCUGCGUCCGUCCACUGCUCCUUUGCGUGCCCCUUUGCCUUCUCCUCCUGAGUCCUCUCUUCCUGCUCUUGCCGACCCGGAGUCGGAAUCUCUUCGUGCUGCCAGUCCUACUGUCACGCGUCUCCUUGCUACUGUCCUCACUGACCCUUCCUUUGAGUCCACUGCUGCGUCUGCCCUAGUUGCUGAGCUCGUCGACUUUGCUGCUCGCUGUCGUCUAGACUAUGCUGCUAGUCUCGUCGCUGAGUCUGAGUAUGUCUAUCCUCCGUCCGUCGGGGGUGAGUGUGCCCUUGGCACGGACGUCCUUGAGGACAGGCAGGAGGAGUUUCAGUGUUUGGCUGCUGCUUCACCUCAUCUCGUGUCCGUACUGCUUACCCCUGAGGGAGACCCGGAUGCACUUGACAUCCCGACUCCGCGCUCUUACGCGGAGGCGAUAGAGGAUCCCUACUCCUCUCAGUGGCAGGCAGCUAUGGACACAGAGAUGGCUUCCUGGAAGUCCACUGGCACCUACGUUGACGAGGUUCCCCCGCCUGGGGCGAACAUCGUCAGUGGCAUGUGGAUUUUCAGGGUGAAGCGGCCGCCGGGUUCUCCGCUUGUCUUCAAGGCGCGUUAUGUGGCUCGUGGCUUCAGUCAGCGGCAGGGAGUUGACUACUUUCAGACCUUCUCUCCCACCCCAAAGAUGACCACUCUUCGGGUACUGCUGCACAUAGCUGCUCACCGCGACUACGAGCUGCACUCUCUUGACUUCAGCACAGCUUUCUUCCUCCGGCGGCUAGUCUACGGUCUCCGCCAGGCACCGCGUGAGUGGCACGACACACUGAGGACUACACUUGCGGCUCUUGGCUUUGCUCCCUCUACUGCCGACCCGUCGCUGUUUCUGCGCACCGACACUUCUUUGCCGCUGUUCUACAUCCUCGUGUACGUCGAUGACUUGGUCUUUGCCACAGCUGACACUGCUGGACUCGCCCACGUGAAGUCCGAGCUGCAGAAGAGACACACGUGCACAGACCUGGGUGAACUGCGCAGCUACCUUGGCUUGCAGAUCACCCGGGAGAGAGCACGCCGCACCAUUACCCUGGCUCAGUCACACAUGGUGCAGCAGGUCCUUCAGCGCUUCGGCUUCACGUACUCCUCGCCUCAGGCCACUCCUCUGCCUACUCGCCACUCGCUCUCAGCUCUGCAUUCGGAUGAGUCCGUAGAGUCGAGUGGCCCAUGUUGGCUGCCUCAUGUACCUGAUGACCUGCACACGACCUGA